AACGCUGCGUGCGGGAGCCCGCCCGUCCCGGCGCUUGGCUCGCCGGCGGCUGCCCGGGACUCCGCUCACCCAGCCCCGAGGGCCGUGGGCGCUUCUGGAGCAAUCUGCGAACGCUGGAGCGGCCGCUGCUGCCCUUGGAGUGCGCGGCCUUAUUGGCAACGCUGUGCUGGGCUAAUGCAGAGACUGGCGGAGAGGUAAAGACGUCUGGGCUUUCGUCUUUCCUCCGCCGUGUUUUUCCUCCUUUUUAAAGGCUUCUGGUUAAAAUCUACCUUCUGACAACAAGGAAGCUAAAACAAUGGGAGUGACUUACCUGUGGCAAAUCCUUGAGCCUGUGAGACAGCCUGUCAGCAUCAGUAGUCUCAGAGGGAAAACACUUGCUGUUGAUUUAAGUUUGUGGGUUUGUGAAGCACAGACCGUUAAAAAGAUGGUUGGAGUAGUUACCAAGCCACAUCUCAGAAACCUGUUUUUUCGGAUCUCUUUCUUUACAUCAAUGGGAAUUAAACUUGUAUUUGUCAUGGAGGGAGAGGCCCCCAGGUUGAAAGCAGACACCAUGAGCAAGAGGAAUGAGAUGCGCUAUGGGCCUUCAAAGAAAGUUGGAGCUGUAAGGACAGGGAGAUCUUUAUUUAAAGCCAUGUUAAAAGAGUGUCUUGAACUGCUGGAGUGUUUAGGUGUCCCUUGGGUUCAAGCAGCUGGAGAAGCAGAGGCAAUGUGUGCCUACCUAAAUGCAAAAGGACUUGUUGAUGGCUGCAUAACCAAUGAUGGAGAUGUUUUCUUGUAUGGAGCUCAAACAGUUUAUAGGAACUUUGCCAUGAAUGCUAAGGAUCCACAUCUUGAUAGCUAUACAAUGUCCUCUAUUAAAGAGAAGCUUGGUUGUGACAGGGAGUCUUUAAUUGGGCUAGCAGUUCUUCUGGGCUGUGAUUAUCUUCCAAAGGGGGUUCCAGGAGUAGGGAAGGAACAAGCUUUAAAGUUAAUUGAGACUCUACGAGGUCAAAACUUAUUGCAAAGGUUUGAGCAGUGGAAAGAACAAUUUCAAUAUGAUGAUAAUCCACCUUUGGUUGCUAAAAGAGUAAUUCACUGUUCAGAGUGCCAUCAUCCAGGAUCUUACAAGGAACAUGAGCACAAUGGAUGUAAAUUCUGUGAAAGUGUGAGGUGCUGCAAACCCAGUGACUCCAAACACUGCUGCCCUUGUGCAUGGCAUCAGUGGGAGCGAGUGAAACAAGCAAAUGCAGUGGAGGACAGCAUCAGAAAAAAAGCCAAGAGUUGUGAGGGCUUUCCAUUCUCUGAGGUUAUCCAAGAGUUUCUUGUGAACAAGAAUAAAUUGGUUAACAUAAAGGAAUGUCGAAGGCCAAAUUUAUUGUCCUUUCAGCUAUUUGCUUCAGAGAAGAUGGAAUGGACCAAACAUUACGCUUGUAAGAAGCUGCUAGCACUUCUGACACGUUAUGAUAUGAUCCAGAGAAAAUCUGGAUACGUUGACUCAAAACAACUGCAGGCAAUACGGAUUGUUAAGCCACGUACUAAAAAUGGAAUUCCUUGUUUUGAAAUUGAAUGGCAAAAACCAGAACAUUAUGUUGAUCCAGAUGAUGAGCCUGUGGAGUUGUUUGUAGUCACACUAGAAGAAGAGUCUUUGUUUCAGGCUGCUUAUCCUGAUGUUGUUGCUCUCUAUCAAGGGGGAAAGUCAGAAGUUCUUCAGAAGAAACAGAAAAAAAAGAAAGACAGACCAGAAGAAAAGGUAUUACCAAAUGCUUGUGAUGAAGUUACCAGUCUUCUGUCUCAAAUGAAUUUAAAGCCUACAUACAGAAUUCUUCCUGGGCAGCACUCCAUGUCAGAUAGAGAAGCUCCUCCAGAAGAUCAGACACAGCAGAGAAGUACUGGAUCAAAAGAUGCAGCAUUACCUUCAGCUUCCUGCACAUCAACAGUUCACAUGUCAGCAUCAGCAGCUGCUCUUGCUGACUCAUCUGUGCCCUCAGAAUGCACUAAGUAUUCAGGGAUGUCAUCCGCUGUACCAGCUGGUCUGCAGCUGAGCAGUGCUGAUGGGAAAGGAACCUCCUUCAGCACUUCACCAGCCCAUGGAGGUGCUGACUGUGAUCCAGCAGCUGAGUUAGCCACAUGCAUAAAACACUCACAUCCACUAAGUCAUGAAACAGUAAGAAACAGCUCAGAAUAUUCUGAUGUUACACAGUCUGACGUGCUUUCUGACAGUGAAGAUGAUUUGUUCUCAAAUGAUGCUAUGGGACAACUUCAGGAGUGGUCUUUAAGCGAGCGAAUACUUAAGAAGGCUCCCAUUCCAUCACAGACUUUAUCUGAAGAUGUAGGGCAACUGGAGUCUUUGAAUUGUUUUAAGCAGUCAAAAGAAACAUUGAAUCCUGAUAGAAAUCAUGCCUCUUCUUCAUGUCAGUUAAGUAACCUAGUGCAGAAAAGUAAAAAUGUUCUAUCACAAAACUCUGCAAGUGAGUCCAGUGUACAUACCUAUCAAGAUGUGUACAAAAAAGCUGACAUCCUGGCUGAAAUGGGGAAAAAAGACCCUUAUGCAAGUGGUGCAGCUUGUCUAGCCUUCAGUGGGCAAACAACAGAGACUCUUCAUCCUGGGUGUGAAAUGCUUCCAGCAUCUCAAAAGCCAGCAGAUGUAACUGGCUGUCACAUUAAAGAAGCUUGUAUUGAAACUACUCGGAAAGCUUCUUUAAAAAAGAGUGUCUGUCAGAACAGAUGCUCUUCUAGUGAAGACAGUGAUGAUGGGCAUGUGGAUAAAAUCCUGGUUUAUGACCAGCAGAAAAGGCAACUGAACCCUGGCCAGUUUAAAAAAAAUUUUACAAAGAAAAGGAGCUGUGUUGUUACUAGUAAAAGAACAAACAGUGACUCAGCCCUUACAAUUAAAGAGAAGAAAACAACCAAUUUAAAGGCAGCUGUUAAUAGUUUCUCAGUGCAGGUAUCUCUAAAACCAUCCUCUGUAGAGGAAGUUAAUUGUUCCCAAAGUCCAGAGCAACCAAUUGAAAGAUUGGGUUCUCCCACACAAGAAGACAAAAGUGCUGUUCUGACUUAUGCGUGGGCAGACAGUCCCCUUCCCCUGUCUGAAAGACUGAAAAGAAGAAUCAAAAUCAAUUAGGUUCUCCAUGCAAUAGAUUAUGAUAGCAAUUAAUUAUCAGUUAACUAUUGGUUAACUGUCAGUUCUUGCAGAGUUCUUUCUCAAAGUUUGCAGUAUGUAUCGAUUUUAUACGGACACAGUUUUGAUGAGUAGGAAGUGCUGGCACUGGAGCUGAAGUUUGAAACUAAAAUGUUAACAAAAGUCCCAGCUGAUUGUAGGCAAGUACCAGUCAUUCUGGGUGUGUUUGCAUUCUGAACUUGUUACAUAAGCAUCAGGAUACAGUAUGCAAGGAUGAGGGUGAUUUAUUUAAGAAAAAAAGGGUUUUUUGCCAACCAAUUGUGAGAUUUUGUGUACAGCUAUUAGUCUCGCUUAUAAAACCGCUUACUAGAACAGUGCCUGCACUGCUGUUGGAUUCUCCUAAUAAGACAAAGUGAUGCAGCAUUUUUAAACUGAAAUCCUCCAUUCUCCUCCACUAAUUUAAUUUUGCAAGUUUUGAAAUGGGUUUUGAAAUCCUGUGUUUCUGGUUGUGUUGAGCCUCUCUGAAGGACCAUACAGAGACACAGCAGAUGUACUUCACAGGGUACCUAAAUUUCCAUCUGCCAUGCCCCAUAAUAAGUCGUUCUUCAGGGGUGUGCCUCUUCCAAAGAAUGGAAUAAGCCAUGUAAGGAUACUCUGGUGUUGUAGCUCUCAUAUCUAAUAUUUAAGGAAAUUUUAUGUCUGUUUUAAUUAAAUUUAAUUAGAGCUUUUUUCCUUAAGGUUGAAAUCCCGUCUAACAUUCACUUCAUAAUAGAGUGAAAGUUAAGUUACAGAAAAUCUAAGUAUCAUAUUGAGAGUUCUUUGAAUAAGAUCAUGUUUGGGGUUUUUUUAAGGGGAAACUUGAAUACAAUUAUAAUUUUGAAGGUGCUCUUCCUACCUCUGUAUUAUAGAAGCAAUCUCUGUUCAUACCCCAAAAAAAGUUUCUUCAACAGUUGCCUGUUGCACGAAUGCCUCCUUGUCUGUAUUUACGUGUUAGUAACAUUUUCUGUGCAGCCAGAAAGAAGACAACACUUGCCGUGAUACAUUGUUAUCAAGAGAAAUUUAGAAUAUAUGUGCCUUAGUAAAAAAUGUCAGUUCUUCAUAAUGUUUAAGGACCAAGUUUGGAAGCUGAAUUCCAGAUGUGUUUAAGGAAGACAUAGGUCGCCUAUAGCUAAUGCAGUCUGUAAUUAGCCAAAAUGGUAGUUUCUUAGUUUACUCUGUGGAAAGAUGGAAAAAAAUAUAUAUUUUUCAAAUGAGAAAUGUAUUUUGGAAAUGAGAAAAAAAAUCAGAAAUAUUGAAAUUUUUUUCAGUUUUGAAGAUGGUCUUUGUCUUCUGGAGACUCUUAUGCACCCAGCUGAUGUGAGAGGGUGGCUGGAAGAGCAGUUGUGAAGGAGAAUAAGUCACCUGGGAAUUUUAAAGGGAGAGAUUCAUAGCGUGACAGAAUGGUUUGGGUUGGAGGGGUCCUAAAAAUCAUCUGGUUCCAACCCCCAUGCCAUGGGCAGGGAACCAUUCCUUAUGGAGUGGUCAGUAAUGGAGAGAUCUGAAUGGGUUUUUUUGUGGAAAAACAUUGUUCUUGGUUACAUAUAAUAUUUUUUUUUUCCUUUGCUGAUGAUUUUGAAUAGUGAAAGUUGAAAUCAAGGGUUUAAAUUUUCCUUAAUAAAAGCGCCAACAUCAUGUGAAUGCACUGACUUUUGUUCCCUCCCAGAUUACAGGAAUGUCCUCUGUUGUUGGGGGAAUCAUUCGAUUUCACCCUCAAUGUGUGGAUUCCUGUGGCCUAGAGCUUUAAUUAGAACUGGGGGGGCCAGAGUGGGUUUGGGAGAGAAUUUUCUGUGUUUUCUAAAGCUUCUUGAGAUGAAUGCUUUAAUGGAUGAGGAAAUUAAAAUACUGUGUCAGAAUGGUGACAAGUUCAUAUUUUGUGGAUGAUGGAAGUCAGAAACAAGACAGAAGAUAUUAAGAACUGCAGAGGAAAAAAUACUAUGUUGCUGAUUUUUCCUGCUAAUUGACUGGGUUUCACAAGUAUAGUUCAAGCAUGAAAUGCAGAAAAAAAAUUUCAAUUUUUUCAUAUGUAAUGCAUCCAAAUUUUGUGCCAAUUUUCUGCCACUACUUUGGAAGCAGCAAUAGAUGUGGGGAAAAAACCAACUGUGUAGAAUCCUCCCUCUGUUUAAGCUGUAGCUGCUCCUUGCAGUAAAUAAAAACAUUUAUCAUUGGGGGUGACUGUUGCUUGAAUUAAACUUGUGAUUCAUUACAGAAGGGGUAAUUACAGUUUUAAAAUUUUUUUGGUUUCUCAACUUUAUGUUAUUUACUCAAUCUAAAUAUUAGGGAUGAUUUUUCUUUGGAGCUUUUUUGUGUGCUGACUGCUUUGCAAACUCUCACAUUUGUGAGAAUGAUGUUUAAAUAAAUUGAGGGCAUGUAAAGUAACUUUCUUCUGCAGGGAAUGUUUCUGCAGUAUUAUGUUAAACUGCCUGUUAGAAUAAAUCAACUGAUAUGUCAACCUCAUGAGCCUGAAUAGAUUUUUAUAUAUCAUCUGUCCAAUAGGCUUCUACCAGGGUGCUUCAUACAGAGUAAUAAAAAUGUAACUACUGUGGAGGUGGAGCAGGCAAGGGGCUUUUCCUUCUUAAAGUCCUUUUCUGAGAGGUUUUCUGUACAACUGCUGUCCUAGCCCAAGUGCUUUACAUGAUGUGUCACUCCUGCUGGCUUCCCUCUAGCUUGAAUGAUGCUCACAGAGAUACAGAGCAGAGCCAUAAGUUCUGUCUUAGCAGUGUAAAUAUUAUUUCCACUUACAAACAGUAUUAAACAUUAAAUGCAGCUCAUUUGUUCAGCAUAGCUUGACAAAUGGAAACAUUUACUUGGCAUUCCUUAGGAUUAUAACUCACUACUUCAGGUCCACAAUCAACAAGAAAGGAAAAUAAAUGCUGUUUACAUGGAAUAUAUACAUAGAGAGCUCGAAAAAAAUGUAAUUUAAAAUAUGACCUCUCAAUGUCUCUGUGUUCCACUGUCAUUUUUUCCAUUGGUAGAGAUUAUUGAAAUACUUACCUACAUGUGAACCUGUCUAACAAAUUCAAUAAAUCUUUUGCUAGUUAACAAAGAAAUUUCCUAAUCUGAGAAGGGAUUGAUUUAACUUUGAGAGUCUGCACAGCCUUGGCUCUGUGCUCUUGUGUCGAGGGAGAUGCCUGGAAGUGGAGUGGUGAAAGGGACUAAUGGCAGCUGUUACUUGAGACAAGAUAGUCUUUUCAUGUCUAAAAAGGUGUCAGGCCCUGCCAUAUUAUAACAGCAGAUAAAAGGAAACUGCAGUUAGAAUAUUACUGGGAGUUGUUGUAAACCCAAGUGCUACUGACAAAACCAUAAACUCGGCGCUAGAUUUAGCGCUUUUUCCUUCAGGAAACAAAACACUUUAACUGUUUCAAGAAAACAAAAUUACAAUGGGUGACAGAACCACUCUGCACAGUUUUCCUGCUCGUGUAUCCUGCAUUAUAGUACAUCAUCAUAGUGUAUCAGUACUGAAUUUAAGAUUAAUCACAUAAGAAACUUUAAAAGUUCUCUAAAGCCCAAGCAUUGUCUCCAUCCUGCCCCAAUUUCCCUUGACCAAGUUGUAGAGGUUUUGCCACUUCAGAGGCUGCGUGCAACUGGAGAAAGGGGCAUACCUUUGAAAAACUUGUUCAUUAAAAACAGCUUACCCUUCUAAAAUUCCUGAUGGAUAUUUAAUUUUCAUUAGCUGCCUGAAUAAAAAUCAAUUAAGGAAAAGAAGUUAAUUGGGAAUAUUUUAAAUGCCAACAUAGUGU